GCACACGUCCUCCCUUAUUUCAACUUUGCUCGCCGGCCGAGAAGAACGGCUCCGCAAUUGCUUUGACGAGAGGAGACAAUGGACUUCUUAUUUAAGGGAAUGACUGAGGAUAGAUCUGAGGGCCACUUUGACGUGAAAGACAUCCAAAGGUGCCCAUUUUUGAGGAACAUCAACAAACCUACAAAUUUAUCCUUUUCUGCAACAAGUAUUUCCUUUCCUGCGCGCAGAGCUAACGGUCCUAUAUUUGAAGAUGGUCCCAAUUUUGAGUUGGCAUUUAAGCUCUUUCAUGGAAAAGAUGGAGUCGUUCCCCUUACUGAGAGAUCUAACUUUCACAGUGACGGCAAAGAGCCUGAUUCCCUGCCUCCCUUCAAUCCUUUGGCAGCAAAAGCAGCUACCAUAAGCCUUUCUGCGUUUGGUCCCAGUGGCCCUUUCAGUUUUGGAAAUUUUUCUGACAAGUGGAAGAAGCAAAAGAAGACUGAAUCAUCAAACAAAAGGGAGACCUCAUCUCAUAAAGAAGAUUUGUCAAAGCAUGAGGCACUUGGAAAUGAAUGGAUAGAAAAGGGAAAUUGCCCAAUUGCCAAGUCCUAUAGAGCUGUAAGUAAUGUCCUCCCCCUUGUUGCAUCAGCUUUCCGGCCACCACCUGGCAUGAAGCUUAAAUGCCCUCCAGCAGUUGUUGCUGCUAGGGCGGCUCUUGCUCGCACAGCCUUUGUUAAAAGCUUGCGUCCUCAGCCGCUUCCUGCGAAAAUGCUUGUUAUUGCAGCACUAGGGAUGGCAGUUAAUGUCCCUUUGGGUGUAUGGAAGGAGCACACGAAGAAGUUCUCGCUGUCAUGGUUUGCCGCAGUGCAUGCGGCUGUUCCCUUCAUAGCCAUGCUUCGGAAGUCAGUCCUGAUGCCUAAAUCAGCAAUGGCAUUGACAAUUGGAGCUUGUAUCCUCGGGCAGGUUAUUGGCUCGAGAGCUGAGCGUAUCCGGCUGAAGGCGGUAACAAAAGAAGAAAGAGUGAAAACUGAGACAACCAUGAAGAUGGCAAGCUCUAAUCCCAGCCAUCUUAGUGAUACUAUAGGUAAUCUCUGUGCUGCAGAAGGAAUGGCUCUCCGCUCACUCUCAGUGAAGGAUGCCGGUCCCACUUCAGCUGCCGGUGUCUGUUGUUGAACUCCCUGUGACCUUCAUAUAUGAGUAGAAAAUCCAAAGAAUCUUGAAUAAAACCUGCGGUGGUGAUGUAAUAACAGAUCAUAAGGAACUUGCCCAUGUAUUAUGAGAACGGCUUUACAUCCUUGGGUCUUCAUAUAUUUUAAUACUGAAUGAAUUCUUGUGGAA